GGUGCCUACAGUAUGUUAGGUUAGUAAACUCGACCUAGUGUAGCCUGCCGUUGCUACGAUCACUUCCUUGCCGUGACACCAUCAUAGGCUUACAGCUUAGAAGAAGUAAUCAAAUUCUUUACGUGUCAUACAGCGGAACCUGCGGAUCCGUACCACUACUCGCACACAUGGAGGAGGAACGUCACGAACACAGUAAAUCAAUUCCACCUGAGCCAGGACAACCACCGGCUAGGGAAACCCCGGCAAAGGAGCAUCCACAAGUAGAAGCUGGCCACGAAGCUGCUCAUCAGAAACUCAUACCGUCUCCAUUUCAACUGACCACGAUCCGUGAUCUCCCACCGCAAUCAAACGCCGGAGCUGUCAGUCUUCACGAUUUGCUUGGUGAUCCACUGAUCUCAGAAUGCUGGGAGUUCAAUUACCUUCACAACAUUGAAUUUCUCAUGAGUCACUUUGACGAGGAUGUGAGAGCGCUGGUCAAAAUCCAUGUCGUCCAUGGGAACUGGAAGCGAGAGGAUCCGAGCCGAUUGGCGCUCGAGGAGGAAGCCUCCAGACACAAAAACAUCACUCUACAUACUGCGUACAUGCCCGAGCCUUUCGGCACGCAUCACUCCAAGAUGUUGAUACUGUUCCGCCAUGAUGACACGGCUCAAGUCAUCAUCCACACUGCCAAUAUGAUUGCCAAGGAUUGGACCAAUAUGACCAACGCAGUGUGGCAGUCUCCAUCCCUACCUCUAUCCAACACAACAGACCACGGCCAGCCUGAUGCAGCGAUCGGUACUGGCGAGAAGUUCAAGGCAGACAUCAUGAGCUAUCUGCGAGCAUACAACAAGCAACGCAACGUCUGCCGGGCCUUGGUCGACAAUCUAUCCAAGUACGACUUUUCCGCAGUACGGGGUGCGCUCAUCGCCAGCGUACCAGGCCGGCACCCCGUAAACGACCACCCCAGCGUGACGCGAUGGGGCUGGACGGCCAUGAAGCACGCACUACGCUGCGUGCCGGUCCAGCAGGGAAGAUCCGAAGUCGUCGUGCAGAUCUCAUCCAUCGCGACCCUCGGCGGUACGGACACCUGGAUCCAGAAGACAUUGUUCGACUCCCUCUCGUCCUCGGGGAAGUCGUCGACAAAGCCCGAGCUCAAGAUCAUCUUCCCGACCCCAGACGAGAUCAGCCGCUCUCUCGACGGCUACGCCUCGGGCGGCUCCAUACACACCAAAAUCCAAUCGGCACAACAACAGAAACAGCUGGUUUAUCUGCGGCCGGUCUUCUGCCACUGGGCCAACGACGCCGCGGCCGGCCUCCCAACGGACGGCCCGUCGUCCAAGCUCGGGCAAAGGGACGGCGGCAGACAGCGCGCGGCGCCCCACAUCAAGACGUACAUCCGGUACAACUCGUCGAAUACUCUGGACUGGGCACUUUUCACGUCUGCCAACAUCUCCAAGCAAGCCUGGGGUGAGGCCGCAAACGGCGUCAAGGAGGUCCGCAUAGCUAGCUGGGAGAUAGGAGUGCUGGUGUGGCCCGAGCUGCUCGCUGGCGGCGAGCCGGGUGCCCAGAUGGUGGGCGUAUUCAGAAAGGACGAGCCGAUAGCGGACGAUCUGGUCAAGGCGGAUGUGCAGAGCGAGGGCACGGGUGGCGGCACUACCACGUUGGUCGGGCUCAGGAUUCCGUACAGUCUACCUCUGAAAAAGUAUGGGCCCACUGAGAAGCCCUGGGUAGCGACGGCAGACUAUCAGGAGCCGGACUGGAAGGGCCAGAGGUGGGUUUCCUGGGCUGUAUGAUGGUUAAGGUGUACCAGAUACUAUCUAAUUACCAGAGAGGUUAUCCUUGCAGCAUCCCCUACUCAGAGGAGCAUUUAUGGGGUUGAAGCUGAUGCUAACAGAAACAGCCCAGUCAUGGUGUAAUGCAUUCAUCAAAUACAAAGGCGCAAAGAAGUCCAGACUGUAUGUCUGCGUGCUUUACCCUGGAUCAUAGAACAUAAAUCAAACGCGAUCAAAAACCGCACAUGGGACCCCGUCAAGUACGACGACACAAAAUAUCACAUGGACAAAGUUGCUUCAGAUAACCAGAUCUUCGGCCACCAAGUCUUUCUGAGCUUAUCGUCAUAGGAAUCAUGGCUGCUU